ACAUCCUCUCCUAUAAGUUACAUAAGCUGCCUCCAACAUGCAGUGAGCAACAUCACCCGCGCUCCGCUGCACCGCCCCGAGGACCAUGGCCGGGUCUCCUGCACUGCUCCUCCUGCUCAGCCUGGGGCUCUGCUGCACUGGUGCCCAGGGACAGAGGAACAAGAUGGAGGCCAGGUUCCUCAACAGGAAUUUGAAGCACCCCCAGGAGGGACAGCAAUUGGAGCUGGAGUGCCUGCCUUACAACAAGUUCCUAGGUAUCCACUGGAUCCAUCUAGGCAAGGAUGGGAAUCUUCACUUCAUUGUCUCCAGUACCCCCAUCCCCAGGAACACAUUCCAGGGGAACAAGAUAACAUCUCCGAAGUUUGAAGCAAGGUGGACAGGAAACUUCUAUUGGCUGGUGGUGAAGAACUUCACAACGCAGGAUGAAGGGACCUAUUUCUGCACCAGCAACAUCAACCAGGAGCUGCACUUCAGCUCUGGACAACCCGCCUUCUUCCCAGUCACAACAGCAGCACCCACCACACACACAGCUACCACCCAGAGCAGCCAGGACUCCAUGAAGGACAACUCACAACAGGGCCCGCAUGCAGGAAUAAGCAACAAAAACACACUGAAGUCCAUCUGUGAUCUUUUCCUCUGGGUUCGAGUGGCUGGCAUUGGCCUCCUGCUCCUCACUGCCAUCACCAUCACCAUCACACACUGCCAAAGACCAAGCUCAGCGUAAGCAAGCAGUGCUGCGUCGCUGCUCAGCAGAAGGCACACAGGCGUCCUCCUCCAGCACCGCACUGAUCCCACCAGCAGCACACACAGCUGCCCUGAUGCAGCGCCGCCGUUUGGCUGCUCCUGCUCAGGAUCACACCCUCAAUCACACCCAAAACUCAGCUCUCAU